AUGCCUCCGCCAUGUGCUGUGCCUCCACCAGGUGCGAUGCCUCCGCCAGGUGCUUUGCCUCCACCAGGUGCUAUGCCUCCGCCAUGUGCUGUGCCUCCACCAGGUGCGAUGCCUCCGCCAUGUGCUGUGCCUCCGCCAGGUGCUGUGCCUCCACCAGAUGCUAUGCCUCCGCCAUGUGCUGUGCCUCCGCCAGGUGCUGUUCCUCCACCAUGUGCUGUGCCUCCGCCAUGUGCUGUGCCUCCACCAUGUGCUGUGCCUCCACCAGGUGCUGUGCCUCCACCAGGUGCUGUGCCUCCCACCAGGUGCUGUGCCUCCACCAUGUGCUGUGCCUCCACCAGGUGCUGUGCCUCCACCAGGUGCUGUGCCUCCACCAUGUGCUGUGCCUCCACCAUGUGCUGUGCCUCCACCAGGUGCUCUGCCUCCACCAGGUGCUAUGCCUCCACCAGGUGCUGUGCCUCCACCAUGUGCUGUGCCUCCACCAUGUGCUGUGCCUCCACCAUGUGCUGUGCCUCCACCAUGUGCUGUGCCUCCACUAGGUAG